GUCAUUUGUCUGACGUAGCGAACGUAAACAUAAAACAAUCAUAGCCGAAGUGACAAUUCGGAAAGGAUUUUGGCAUUCCAUUGAAAAAAUACCAAAACACAAAAGAAGAAAAGUAAGCAGAAUAAGUCAAAUUACCGCCGAAUCAAUGAAACUGUUUCAAAUUGCUUGAUAAAAGAAAAGAGUCUUUCCAAAAGAAACAUGAGUGAAACAAAAACUGUUCAUCAAUGUUUGUUUUGUUCGCAAACAUUCGAUAGUGCCGCUGAAAAAGACGAUCACAUUCUGGAACACUUCGCACGAGAAACAUGCAUGGAAUGUAAUCAAAAUUUGAUUCGAAUUGGUGGAAAUUUAUUCACCUUACAUAAUUCAAUCACAUGUAUUCGAAGCGGCACGAAGUUGGAGCAACAAUCUCUUCUCACAGAAGAGCCUGAUAUUCUGGGCAAAGAUGAGCGGAAAAUAGAAAAUUGCAAUGCAAAUGAUAUGAUCGUUGCUACUACACUUUCAAACACAGAUUAUGACGAGCAAAUCAUCAAAGUAGAACCGACGAUAGAAUAUUACGAAGACAGAGGCAGCGGUGUAGAUUUGGAAGGCGUUCAAAUCAAGGAAGAGUGCAUAUAUGACGCUGAUACUGAGGUACACGGAACCAUUUUCACCGAGCAGCUUCAAGUUGAUUCCAUUACAUGUGAACCUUAUUUAGAACCAAAUGACCCAAUGACACCAAAUAUCGGCCACUUUAUGGUAGACAAUUUCAAUGAACCGAACUCAAGUCGAAUGAAAAAACCACAGCAAUCGAGCCAUUCAAAGUCAAAAUCAAAGCAAAAAACUGCGAAGAAUGCUGUAGAUAAGUUAAAAUGUGAUAUUUGUGACAUGACAUUUUCACAUGUUGUAAACGUUAGACGACACAAGAUUUAUUUCCAUAGCCAACCGGGUACACAUUUAUGUAGAAUCUGUACAAAGAUUUUUGCAAACCCAGAAGCACUUGCCGAACACCGCAUCGGCUGUUACGAAAAGAAAAAGAUCCGACUAGAUAACCCUAAGAUACACAUAGGCAAAUCAUUUGAAUGUUAUGUUUGCCGACGAGUAGCUCCAAGCAGACGAAAACUAUAUAGUCAUAUGCGAAACAUGCAUGUUUCAAAGAAAGCCGAAGACACGCAUGGUGUGAAAAAUUUCGUGUGCACUUGGUGCGGAAAAGUCUUUUCAAGGGAAUAUCUAUUGAAGCAACAUGAAAAUUCACAUACGGGCUUACGGCCAUACGUUUGUCGAUAUGGAUGCGGAAAGUCAUUUGCAGCUUGCAGCGCUCAGCGGGCACACAUGAGAUACGUUCACGAAGGUCAAAAGAGAUAUCAGUGCAAAAUCGAUGGAUGUGACCAAGCAUUCGGUGGCAGCACCGGUUUUAAAAAACACAAACGCGAUGUACAUGGCAUUCCAUACGUCGAUAAAAGAUACCAAACAAAAUUGAAACCCCACGAAAAGGAGAAGACACAAUACCGCUGCCCGUAUUUGGAAUGCAAAAAAAUUUUUGUCCAUCAUUCGAGUAGAUAUAAACAUGUGAAAGAGGUACACGAAGGAAUUAAGAAGUACAAAUGCAAAAUCGACGGAUGUUUGGCCACAUUUGGCGGUGCGGUCGGUUUAAGAAACCACAAGCGUGACGUGCAUGGCGUUCCAAUCGAUUGGAAUGUCUCAUGAAAUUAAACAUAAACCCAAAUGAUACCUUAUUUCCAAUUCAAUUUAUUUAAUCUAAAGCAAGCACUAAAAUAAUAGAUAAGAAAUAGGGAGAGUGCUUGCUAUUGAGAUUUUAAAAAACAAAAUGUUUACGAAAAUCUUAUAAAAAAUCAACCCAGAAACCCCGGCUUGUCAUUGACACUAUUGAUUGAUUUCUGUAAAGAAAAAAUUCCUUUUUUGAAAAUCUCAUUAUACUUUGAUUGAACAAAAUCAAACUUCACCUGUCACUUGUUAUUACACUGUCAAAAUAACAGUUGGAAAUUUAUUUUUAUGAACAAAUUAAAAUGAAAAACAAAACUUGA